AUGGGCCAGCAGCAGUCCAAAAAGUCGAAGAAGGGCGGAAAGGACAAAGACAAGGAUGCCAACGCCGACGCCGCAACUCCUGAUACUCACGGUGCGGAUGCCAACGACGCGAACCAGGGAAGCCUUUCCCGCGCGACCGCUCCUCACGAUUCCUCUGGCGAAGGGAACGGCCACGCUGCGACCGUCGCGGCUAUGGGUACUCCAACAAUGACCGUCACCGACCCCGACGGCGGCUCUGUCAUCCCGAAUGGGAGUGGUUCACGCCCUCCUGGCUCCCCGGGCACUUCUCCUAGUGAUGCCCUCUCCACAGCUUCACCCAAGGCGGCAUCGCCGCAGUCCUCACCAGUCGUGCAUGGCAAACCCGCCCCUCUUGAUAUCCCGAUCACACAUACCAUCCUCUCCACUUCGCCUGGCUACCCCACUCCCGGUUCCACGAAUAGCUUCUCCCUCAACGACCCAGCCAGCGUGACGAGUAAGAAUGGGAAAGAGCUAGUGAAGGCUUUAGAUAUCGACGACAUGAUCCAGAGGCUCCUGGACGUCGGCUACACCGGCAAAGUGAGCAAGUCGCUUUGCCUCAAGAACGCGGAAAUUGUUGCCAUUUGCCAAACGGCGCGGGAGGUCUUCCUCAGCCAACCCACCCUCAUUGAGCUCUCCCCACCUGUCAAGAUUGUCGGCGACGUCCACGGACAGUACUCGGACCUUAUCCGACUGUUCGAGAUGUGCGGCUUCCCGCCUGCGGCGAACUACCUCUUCCUGGGCGACUACGUGGACCGGGGAAAGCAGAGCCUCGAGACCAUCCUUCUUCUGUUAUGUUACAAGAUUAAGUAUCCCGAGAAUUUCUUCUUGCUGCGAGGAAACCACGAGUGCGCGAACGUCACGCGAGUGUACGGCUUCUACGACGAAUGCAAACGACGGUGUAACCUCAAGACGUGGAAGACGUUCAUUGAUGUUUUCAACUGUCUGCCGAUUGCUGCCAUCGUCGCGUCGAAGAUCUUCUGCGUUCACGGCGGUCUCUCGCCGUCGCUACACUCCAUGGAAGAAAUCAAGCGUAUACAGCGACCAACCGAUGUCCCUGACUAUGGCUUGCUGAACGAUCUCCUUUGGUCGGAUCCUUCAGACACCGCCGUAGAUUGGGAGGACAACGAGCGCGGAGUCAGCUAUUGCUUCGGAAAAGCCGUUAUUAACGACUUCCUGGUGCGGUACGACAUGGACCUCAUCUGCCGAGCUCACAUGGUCGUCGAAGACGGGUACGAGUUCUGGAACGACCGGACGCUCGUAACUGUAUUCAGCGCACCCAAUUAUUGUGGAGAGUUCGAUAACUACGGAGCAUGCAUGAGCGUAUCGGAGGAGUUGCUCUGCGCAUUCGAACUGCUCAAACCGUUAGACGGCCCUGCCCUACGAAAAGAGAUGACGAAGGCCAAGCGGAAGAGGUAUGUCCUUUGUCCCAUGGUUGUCAACAUGCGCAUCAUAAAUCUGUUUGCAGCAUGA